AUGGAGCCUGAUGAGGAAUCAAACGAAGAAUUAGCUCACCGGCUGGCAAAACAUCAUGGAGCACACCAAACAAAUGAUAUACCGGAGCGUUUUCAAGAUGGAGAUGAUGCGAAUGAGGACUGUACAGCUCUAUCAGCCGCCAACUCAUACAUGAAUCAGUCAGUUUUUGGUAUGAUAGCAGCAGCUGGUUCCCAGAUCGAUUUCAAUGCUAGAUUUGACGCCCAUUCUAGCGACGAUAAUGAAGAAGAUACCCCUAGGCAAUCUGCCGAACACCAAAUAGAUGAAAUGCGUGCGAACACAGUACCAACAAAGUCUGGAAAAGAGAAAAGUUCCAACUUUUGUCGCCAUAUUGUUCAUCCUAGUCACAAGCCUGUAGCAAAGUCUAAGUCGGGACCUCCUACAAUAGCAGUCGAUAAUAUAUCUCUUCACGAACCUACUAGCUUGCCAGUUCAAAUUCAAUCCCGAACAUGCACAACACAAUCCAUGGUCAUGAGUCGUAUGUUGAAGGCAAGAGAAAAUAUGUCGCUUCAACCUACAACAAAUCCACCUCACGCCGUGGGUGAAAAUGCUGAAAGCGAAAAACACGAGGAAGAAAGCAUCUCCAACAGUUUAUCGAAAAAGCUCAUGGAAAUAUUUCAGUUUGAAACGCCAGAACAAGUAAUUGAAGAGUUUCCAUGCUGGCUGAUGAAAAGCGCCUUACUUCAAGGCUAUAUGUACAUCACUACGAAACACAUAUCUUUCUAUGCAUAUCUCCCAAAGCGAUCUAAUGAAGUUGUAAAAUCUGGAUAUCUCUCUAAAUCAGGACGCCGAAAUCCGAAGUACAAUCGCUAUUGGUUCAGACUUAAAGGAGACGUGCUAUCUUACUAUAUAGAUUCCUCAGACUUGUACUUUCCGCGCGGUAAUAUUGAUCUAAGAUACGGAAUAUCUGCGACCCUUCAUACUAAAGAAAACUCCAAGAAUGCGACAAGCCUUACCCUUGUCACUCAUCAAAGAGAAUAUAAAUUCAAGGCUGAUAGUAGCCCGAGUGCUAAAGAAUGGGUCAAGGCGCUUCAAAAGAUUAUUUUUCGAUCUCAUAACGAAGGCGAUAGUGUCAAAAUUUCUAUACCUAUCGAGAAUAUAAUGGACAUAGAAGAAAGUCAUGUUAUCGAGUUUGCCGACACAUGUAAGAUAAGAGUUGUCGAUAACGAUGAUACCUAUGCUGUUGACGAAUAUUUCUUUUCUUUUUUUAGUUUUGGGAAAGAAGCUUUAAAUUUACUCCGUGGUAUAGUUGAGGAUACUGCAGCCCAGCACAUACCUAAAGAACUUUUAAAACUUUCGUGUCAUGGCAAAGUAGAUGCUUCCGAGCCUUUGGAAUUAACUAAGCGGGAUCAGAUUCCAGUUUCGGCAGAGUAUGUGUCGAAGGAGCCAUCAUCAAUUCUAACUACUACUGCCCCACUUCUAGAAGACAGUGUUAGGGCGACACUAUCACCGCUUGGGGUUCCUAAUCCUGUGGACAAUUCACUAGCAGGUCGAUGCAGCCUCGAGUCUCAUAGAAAGAGUAUCGAAUUGAAAAACUUGAGAAGGCGAAGCGCCGAUAUUAUUAGACAGAAAAUAGAUGGCAAUAAAAAGCGAAGCAUGAGUACUGGUCGGAAAAGUAUGUGUGAAAAUUGUAUUGCAGGGCAUAUAAUUUGUGACGAACAAAUAGAUGCUGGACAGCCAAAUAUCAAAGAAAAAGAAAAGGUUACGGAAGAGGUCAAUGUUACUGAGAAACAAUGCCUGUUCGAUUCAUAUUACCAUCCGCUUGAGGAACCUUCGUCUACAUCCCUCUCAAACAGCGAUAACACAUACGCUUCAGGCAGUCAGAUACUUAGAGGAACUGACGUCUUCUUAACACCAACAAUUCAGCACGCAACCUCAGAAGCGGGUCAUUGUAGAAAAGGAAAGGAAUUGGAAUUAGCUAAUUUAUCAUCUACAAAAAUUCAUGUAAACCCUCACAUAACAGCCCAAAAAAUUCAUGACAAUGCCGAACUGCUUGAAAAACCAGGAUCAGAUCGCACAGAGCCGCUAGUUUCCACACAAACACUUCACAGUAUCGUCAAGGUCGGCGCUUAUCCCUUGCAGAGAGCCGCUGGUCUGGCAGGAUAUCUAAACCGACACUCCAAACGUAUGAGCAACCUCUUAGCUACCGAGUCAAUGGGCUAUGUAGAAAAAGUGUCUGGCAUGUGGAAAGGUGGCAGAAAGCACUACGAUGACCCAAGAAGCCUAGGUCCUGAUGAUCACUUUGAUGAUGGUGAAGAGGACGAUGUAAUCUACUCCAGUGAGAGAUUUCGCAAACACUUUGCUCUACCCGAAAAUGAAAAGCUCCAAGCUACGUAUUUUGGAUUCUUAAAUCGUGUAUUACCAUUAUACGGUAAAAUCUACAUUAGUGAUAGAUCGUUCUGCUUUCGUAGCCUCCUUCCGGCUACGAGUACAAAGUUGAUUUUGCCGUUGAAAGAUAUAGAGAAUGUCGAUAAAGAAAAAGGCUUUCGAUUCGGCUACUCAGGAUUGGUCAUAGUAAUUAAAGCUCACGAAGAGCUUUUUUUUGAGUUCUCGCACUCGGACACUCGCGAUGACUGCGCCAUUACACUCCUUCAAAACCUCGAAACUCUGAGAUAUCUCAAACAAUCUGGUCUAUUGACCCUUGAGGAAAAGGAGAGAGCAGAAGAUGCCAUUGCAGAAAAUAAGGCACUUCAACAGGCUCGCUCCAGAGGCCAUGGAUACUUCGGUUUAGAAUCGGCCCAGAAUAUCAAAUGCCUCCAAAAUGUAUCCCCUCCAGUAAUUUUUGAUGAUCCUCGAUCUUCAAUACUAGAUUUCAAACCACCUGAAUCGCUUCGGAUAACUUGCCUCACAAUUGGCUCCCGGGGAGAUGUACAGCCUUAUAUUGCGUUAUGCAAGGGCUUAAUUUUUGAGGGCCACCAGCCUACGAUUGCUACUCAUCUUGAGUUUAAGGACUGGGUUGAAAGCCAUGGAAUUAAAUUUAAGCCUGUGUCCGGGGAUCCGGCUGAAUUGAUGAGAAUAUGUAUCGAAAAUGGCAUGUUCACUUACUCUUUCUUAAAGGAGGCAUCUUCAAAAUUUAGAGGGUGGAUUGAUGAGCUUUUAACAUCCGCUUGGGAUGCUUGUCAAAGCUCUGACAUUUUGAUUGAAAGUCCAAGUGCCAUGGGUGGAAUCCAUAUUGCUGAGGCAUUAGGAAUACCUUAUUUUCGUGCAUUUACCAUGCCCUGGACAAGAACACGAGCAUAUCCACACGCAUUUGCUGUUCCAGAGCACAAAAUGGGUGGUGCAUACAACUACAUAUCAUAUGUGAUGUUUGACAAUGUCUUCUGGAAGGCAAUCUCCGGCCAAGUUAACCGCUGGAGGAAAAAAGAGCUAGGUCUCCAUGCCACAAAUUUAGAGAAAAUGCAGCCGAAUAAGGUGCCAUUUCUAUAUAACUUUAGUCCAGCUGUUGUUGUACCGCCAUUAGACUACAGUGACUGGAUUCGGGUUACAGGGUAUUGGUUUCUAGAUGAAGGCACAGACUGGACGCCACCAAAAGAAUUGACAGAAUUUAUUUCCAAGGCAAGAAAAGACGGGAAAAAGCUGGUUUACAUUGGGUUUGGGUCUAUCAUCGUACAAGACUCAAUUGCACUCAUGAAUACCAUCACCAAAUCUGUCGAAAAAGCCGAUGUUCGGUGUAUUCUAUCACGUGGCUGGUCAGAUCGACUACAAAAAGACACUCGUAAAGUCGAGCCGCCUUUACCAUCAUCAAUUUUAAAAAUUACAUCUGCGCCUCACGAUUGGUUGUUCAGGCAAAUUGAUGCUGCAGCCCAUCAUGGUGGGGCAGGUACCACAGGUGCAAGCCUUAGAGCUGGUAUUCCUACUAUCGUCAAGCCUUUCUUUGGAGACCAGUAUUUUUUUGGCUCACGUGUCGAGGACCUUGGAGUUGGCAUAAUAAUAAAGAAACUAAAUAUCAGCGUCUUUUCUCGAGCACUGUGGCUUGCUUGCAAUGACGAGAGAAUGAUUUUUAAAGCCAAGAUUCUUGGCAAAACUAUCCGAAAGGAAGAUGGUGUCAGUACUGCGAUUCAAUCAAUUUACCGUGACCUUGAGUACGCAAGGUCGCUCAUAAAGCUUCGUGAUGAUAAAAUAGAUCCGGAUGACAUUGAAGAUGUAGAAGAGAGCUGGACUUUUAUUGGCGAAGAUAACGAUCCUGAUCUUGUCCGUCGUGUUCAAGAUUGGGAAUCAAUGACCAUGACCGGGACUUCGCCGUGGAGGGAAAGAAAUGAAGACGACUCGGAUGGUAGCUUCAUCAGAAAGGAGCUAGAAGUUGUAAUUGGCGCAACGGUGUUGGCUAGCUAA